UCCCGGUGGAUCUGCUCCCCUGGCAGACACGCGUCUAGCUGCUCUCCAACACGUGGGGUGUCCCCCGUCCUCCUGCCUCAUUAUCCUUCUAAAUCAGAGUCUUUCCUGCUGUCUAAGCCACAUCCCCUGGCUGCAGCUUAAUCCUGAGAUUUCUUACCCAGCCUGCAGCGACAAGAGGAACAUUAUUCCCUUUGUCUCUGCUGCAGCCAUGUUUUGAAACCUGUUGCCAUGUCUCCCCUCAGCCUCCCCUAUUUCUUCAUCCUUUGCUCCACAGCCCACAUGUUCAAGGUCUCUUAUCUGAGCCUUGUUACCGUCUGGGCGCCUUCCUCGUGAGCUGUGUCCUCGUGGGGCCGGCCUUGGGCCGGCCUUGCUGCUGUGGGGGAGGAAGGAUGAUUCCUGCGUCCUAUCGGGUGGCCCUGACAGCCUGUUCCCCUCGCGAGGCGUUUGUUCUUUCUGCAGCUCUGGGCCCGACUCGCGUUCGCCUGGUGAUUCACUGCAACGCGCCGAUCCUCUGCUGCGGAGCUGUUGCCCUUCCUCAGCUUGUACGGACGUGGGGAAUCGCUCCGGCCUUGGAGCCGUGCCCCUUGCCAGGCUGAAUCCCGCGGUCUCGGACGGCUCUCCCAGGGCACUGGGAUCCUUCUGAACUUUCUGCCUGGGAGUCAAAAGAUGAUACACAAACGAACGAAGCGAAAAAGGCCGAGAAGCGUUGCGAUAUGCCCGAGGGGCUGGAGGCUGGGGUUCAAAGGGGAGGCGGCAUCGGGAUUUUGUGCUUAGCGUGGGGCUCAGGAGAAACUCUGCCAUAUUCCCCACCAUGGGUGACAUGAAAACUCCAGAUUUCGAUGACCUUCUGGCAGCUUUCGAUAUUCCUGACAUCGACACGAACGAGGCCAUCCAUUCCGGCCAUGAGGAAGCUGAUGCUCACAUCAAGCAAGUCCCUGGGGAGCCGGGACCCCCUGACCACGUCCUCCCCCACACAGACAUCACCGCCGUCAGCGUGAUUGUGAAGAACACCGUCUGCCCCGAGCAGCUCGAUGCCCUGGAUGGGCGCAGCAAAGAUGGGCACGUCAUCGGGCCCCGCUUGCUGCAGAAUGGCUUUGGGGCCACCGAGAUGCCCAGGUCCCCCACCUCCAGGUCCGUGGAAGCUGUGGCAUCCUCCAACGGGGAGUGCUGGGUGAAGGAAAAAGGCCCCAAGCCCCUGGAUAUCUUCUCCCAUUUUAGCCCCGAUCCCAACGAAGACAACGCUGCCAACCUGAUUGACAGACCCCGGGAGUGUAAGCCGAAAGAGAAAUCCCUCGCCGUGCCCUCCCUGUCCCCAUCUCCCACCCCGUCGCUGGACUGCAAGGAGCCCAUGGGAGAGAGCGCGGACAGCCUGCCCCCGGCCUUCCCCCAGCCCUUCGAAACGGGCCAGGCGGGGGGUGCGAGCGGGUCCCCUCCUACCAUCCCCUGCAUCAAAAAAGAGGAGUCUGACUCGGAGGAGGUGGGCCGCGAGGCCAGCCCGAAGGGUUUGGCUGCAGCCUUGGGUGACAGUCCCUUGGAUCACCUGAAAUCGGUCACCGUGCGCUACUCCACGGAUGAUUCUCCCAUCGCGUCCUGGCCCGGUUCUGACCCAAACCUCGACAGCAGCACCAGCAACCUUCCUGAAGUGAAGCGCUCGCCCGCCAGCCCCCGGGAGCCCUUCUUCAAGCCUUCCUCGCCGGUGGUACAGAGCCCCAGGCUCCCCGCUUCCCCAAAGCAGCUGGACAGCAUCACCCUCAAGGAAGAGCAAGAAGUUCUGGAUAAGUCGAUGGGAAGCCCGCAGAGUAUGUCCAGUGCUGAGGAAGAGGAGGAGGAAGAAGACAACAACAAUGAUUCCCCUUCUUCCAAUUCCUCGCGGCCCCUGAAAGUGCGGAUUAAAACCAUCAAAACAUCUUGUGGCAGCAUCACCCGGACGGUGACCAGGGUCUCGUCGGAUUCAGAGCCGGGCUCCACCAAGGGCCCGGCCGAGCAGAGCUCGCAGGAGACUUCCCUUGAAAGCGCUGGCUUCUCCGCGUCGGCAGAGAAGGAGGAAGGGAUCGUACUGGAGGUGCCCAAGGAGAAAAUGGAGCUCUCCAGCCCCUUGAAAACCAUCGAGGGGCCAAAAAUCGUCAGUGUUCAGCUUGGCAAUGGCACCAAGCUCAAAGGGACUGUCCUGCCCGUCUCCACCAUCCAGAACGCCAGCAGCGCCAUGCUGAUCGCUGCCAGCGUGGCUCAGCAAAAGUCCGUGGUGCUGCCGGCGAAGACGGGUAAAGCCGUGGCCAAGAACAUCAUCAACCUGGUGCCACAGACCCUGCCCAAAGCCGACACCAGGACCAACGUCAGCACCGUGACGCAGACCACCACCAUCACCACCACGGCCAACCAGAAAGUCAACGGCACCACAGUUGUGAUGGUGCAGCCGCAGAAGCCCUCCCCUACCAUCGCAGGCACGGUCAUUUCCAGGAGCCAGUCCAGCCUCGUGGAAGCCUUCAACAAGAUCCUCAACAGUAAAAACCUCUUGCCAACGUACAAACCCAACCUGAAUCCUCCGGCUGAUGCGAGCCUCACCCUGCCUCCCUUCGGGUACCGCUGCCUGGAGUGCGGGGACUCCUUUGCCCUGGAGAAGAGCUUGGCUCGCCACUACGACCGGCGAAGCAUGCGCAUCGAGGUAACCUGCAACCACUGCACCAAGCGCCUCGUCUUCUUCAACAAGUGCAGUUUGCUCCUGCACGCCCGGGAGCACAAGGACAAAGGCCUGGUGAUGCAGUGCUCCCAUUUGGUCAUGAGGCCCAUUGCUUUGGAUCAGAUGAUCGGGCAGCCAGACAUCACCCCCCUGGUCUCGGUGACCUCCUUCCCCGCUAGCAAAGUGGCCGGCGUGGCUCAGGACGCCCUGGCCACAGCCAACGGGGCUCAGGACCUCCCCAUCCUGCCUCUGAGCAACAGCUCGGAGCAGACCAACUACAGCUGCUUCAGGUGCCUGGAGUGCAAAGAGCAAUGCAAAGACAAAGCCGGGCUGGCCGCGCAUUUCCAGCAGGCAGUGACCACGGGGACGACCAGCAGCACGGUUUGCACAACGUGUCCCAUGAUCAUGUCCAACCGCUGCAGCUUUAACGCCCAUCAGCGGAUGCACAAAAACCGGCCUCCCCACGUCUGCCCCGAGUGCGGAGGGAAUUUCCUCCUGGCGAACUUCGAGACCCACCUGAAGGAGGCCUGCCUGCACUUCUCCCGCAGAGUGGGGUACAGGUGUCCCAGCUGCGCUGUGGUCUUCGGUGGGGUCAACUCCAUCAAGUCCCACAUCCAGACCUCCCACUGCGAGGUGUUCCACAAGUGCCCCAUCUGCCCCAUGGCGUUCAAGUCGGCCCCCAGCGCCCACGCGCAUGUCUACACGCAGCACCCUGGCUUCAGCAACCAGCAGUCCAAAAUGAUUUACAAGUGUGCAAUGUGCGACACGGUCUUCACCCACAAGCCCCUGCUCUCCUCCCACUUCGACCAGCAUCUGCUCAACCAGCGGGUCAGCGUCUUCAAGUGUCCGGACUGCCCGCUGCUCUUCGCCCAGAAGCGCACCAUGCUGGAGCACCUCAAGAACACUCAUCAGCCCCAGAAGCCCAAGGAAGACCUGGCAAAGAAGGCGGCUGUCCUGCUCACGCCGAAGCAGGAGCCUGUCGAAACCCCCGUGUCCAAGAUCUCGGAGGAGUCGUCGUCCUCCACGGAGGAGGAUGAGCCCCCCAGCUCCCCGGAGCUGCGCAAGACCAAGCGAAGCCGCUUCCAGCGCAAGACGGUCAACAAGUCGAAGGGCAGCGGGUGGACGUGCAGCGUUUGCCACUCCUGGUUCCCGGAGCGCGACGAGUACGUCUCCCACAUGAAGAAGGACCACGGCAAGUCGGUGAAGAAGUUCCCGUGCCACCUGUGCGAGCGUUCGUUCUGCUCCGCUCCCAGCCUCCGGAGACACGUGCGAGUGAAUCACGAGGGGAUCAAGCGCGUCUAUCCCUGCCGGUACUGCACAGAGGGGAAACGGACCUUCAGCAGCCGGCUCAUCCUGGAGAAACACAUCCAGGUGCGACACGGCAUCAAGGUGACCGACCAGACGAAGAGCCAGGAGGUCGUUAUCGCCCGGAUAGGGACCGGCACCGCGCAGGUGUCCAGUCGGAAGCGGAAACUGUCCUCGGAUGAGGGCGACUCGUGCAGCGAGGAGCCCGACAGCACCACCCCCCCCUCCAAAAACCCCAAGGGCGACCGCAAGGCCCCCUUCCGCUGCCGAAAAUGCGGUUACCUCGCCAGCAGCUCCGCUGACUUCCAGGAGCACAUCCCCCAGCACCGGACUGACGAGAGCUCCCACCAGUGCCGGGAGUGCGGGCUCUGCUUCACCUCCCAGGUCUCCCUCAACCGCCACCGCUUCAUCACCCACAAGAAGAAGAAGGGAGCGGGCGAGGUGGAGGAACCGGGGCCCCGCAGCCCCCUGGAAGGAGGCGCCCAGCACGCGGCCGACGGCAAGCUCUCCUGCAAGGUGUGCGGCCGCUGCUUUGACAGCCAGCUCAACCUCAAGACGCACUUCCGCACCCACGGCAUGGCCUUCAUCCGCGCCCGGCAGAACGCGAGCCCCGAGAACUAGGGCCCCGGCAGAGGGGGAGCGAGACGUGUACAGAAGGAGCACCGAGCUCCGCGCCGCUGGCGCCCGCCUGGGCCCCCCUCCCUCCCCUCCCGCCCGCCCUCCCUCCCCUGGGCAGCGUUUCGGCGUGGGGCUGGCUGAAGGAGCCGUGAAGCGAGACGAGAAGCCGGCCUGAUGCCACGGGCCUGGCUCGCUGAGGGGCUCGGCCCCCCGGGUUCUGGGCGAGGGCCGGGGGAAGGCAGGAGUGCGGCUGCCUGAGGGCACAGGAGAGGAAGGGCAGAGCCCGGACUCGCUGCACUGCGACCGAAAGGUUUGUCGGCUGCUCCGCCCUCCCGUGGGGACGCGACCCGCCCCACAGCCACGCGUGUCUGUGGGGAGGGGCAGUGGCCUUCCUCCCGCGGGGAUGAGGAUGACACCCUGUGCCCCGCGGCUCUUCCCGGCUGCCCUGUCCGUGCUGGCAGCGAAGCCCGGCCGAGGAUGGAGCCGUCUGUGCUGACAAUAACGUCGCAGCAAAAUCCACCUUUUUUUUUUUUUUUUGGAUUUUUUUCCCUUUUUUUUUUUUUUUUUUUUUUUUUCUUUCUCUUUUUGAAUGUUGCUUGUUUCGUAUUUUGCCGGGACCUGCGGGGUCUCCCAUCGUCGCAGACGCCCCAGCCCCUCCCGGGCUCCGCUCACCGGCCCGAGGUCCCUGUCACCGUCACUUGCACUAACGGGGCGGCGUUGGCCUUCGGACGGUCACCGCUUCGGGGCCCUGGCCGGCACCUUCCCCGCGGAGGAGGAGGAGGAGGAGGAGGAAGAGGCUGUCGUUUGCAGAGGAGAAGCAGAAGCCAAACGUGGGUCUCUGGGUGAGAUGGGUGCGAGCCCGGUGGCACCGUCACCCCCAGCGAGGGGGGGGCUCUCCCCACACCCCGGCUGCCGACGCCCGUUACGGACCCAAACGCUGACGGUGAGUCUCGGGGGGCUUUUCCCAGGGGCGCUGGUGUCACCCACGGCCGCCCCCCCCCUCCCGCCCGGGCCUGCAGCCGGGCUCGGCUUCACCGCCUGCUCCUCUUCCUCGGCCCCGGCGCCGCGGGGCCACCACCGCGUCCCGCAGGACCUGCGUGCGGGGAAGGAGGAAAAAAAAAAAAAAAAAAAACCAAAACAAAAAAAAAAAAAACAGCCGCAAAAGAAACUUUCUACUUGUUCUGUUUGUUUAGCGCCUGUGCUUGGGGUAGGGUGUUUGUGUGAGUAAUUAUUUCAGUAACUUAACUUUGGGCUCCUUAUUUGUGAAUAACCUCUAACACGCUGUGUAAAGUUGUAUCAUACACUAAAAGUGACAAAAAAAAAAAACAAACUACUGUUGUGAUUUUGGGUUUUGGUUUGUUUUGUUUUCUUAUUUUCUGGGGUGGGGAAAGCUUGUUUGCUGGGGUUGGGGUUUGGUUUCUUUUUUUUUUCCCCCCCUUUUUUUUUUUUUUUCUCCUUUUUUUUUAAGUGCAAGGGGCUAAUCCUCCCCUCACUGCAGGUGGAUUCAGCUGAACGGCACGCAGAGGCAGGCAGGGGGGGCUUUUAAAAUAAAAGGAGAAAAAAAUAAAAAAAGUGACCAGCAGUUCCCCCAGCCCAGGUGCCCCCCCCCCCCCAGCGCUGAGCCUCCCUGCUGCGUCCCCCCCAGCGCGUGGGGCUGUGAACGUGUAAAUGAUGUUUAAUAAUAGAGAAGACCCUAAAGUUUCUACGAGUUUUAGAGGAAGGAAACAAAACAAAUUGCUUUGUAAUCUUGGUUUUCAAGCACUUCAGUGCCUUUAGAUCGACUUCUGUUGAGGCGGGUGGGGGGCGGCUGUUCUGGGGUUUAGGGGUUGUGAUUCUGCUACAGUAAAACUACGGGCACUGCAAGAGGCUCUCAGGUAUCCUUUAUUCUUGUAGUAAUAAUGCAAUUAAACUUUUAGUGGUUUAA